GUGUGGCGCUGGCGCUGCUCAGUGAGUGAUAGUUCAGAUCAGAGAGAAGAAGACAAACGAAGAAGAUGGAGUUAUGAUUUCUCAGUUCCGAAUGGCGGCCAUAUUGGAAUUUUCUUUACUGUUGCUAGUUUAUGGUUUCACACUACUUGAUUUCUCAUGUUGCAGUAAGCUAAACGAUUUCAUCUCUUACGUGACUUGUUGUUCUUGCACGUAACUGUGUAACCGUCAGACUUAUAAAGAAGUUGGUAAAUGUCUUUACGUUUAGAAACGUAAUCAAGCAACUCCUCCGAGCAGAUGCGAAUAGCCUACAAUGUCAGUAGGCCUACUCAAACCACCAGUCGCAGGCUUAGGACUAGGUAAGUAAAACAUCUCUUCUCUAUAUCUCUACUAUUUUCAUUUUAAAAACUGUAUUUAAAGCGAACACCUGUUUCCAAAAUGUAUUUAUAGAGUCUGUACAUGUGGUCCCUAGCUUGGUUUGCCCGAAAAUUAAGUGGAAAUAUCCUUUAGAAGUGUUUACUUUAGGCGCUAGUUAGCAUGUAACAGCAUCUGAAUUAAUGAACUGGCAUGGUGCAUUUAUACCUGACGAUCUCUUUCAAAUAAUUUAAAUAAAAACCGGACCUCAUGGUUAGUAUUUAUAGAGUCUGUACAUGUGGUCCCUAGCUUGGUUUGUCUGAAAAUGAAGUGGAAAUAUCCUUUAGUAGUGUUUGUACUCUAGGCACCAGUUAGCAUGUAACAGCAUGUGAAUGAAUGAACUGGCCACUAGCAUGGUGCAUUUAUACCUGACGAUCUCUUUCAAGUUAUUUGAAUGAAAAACUGACAUCAUGGUUAGUAUUUAUAGAGUCUGUACAUGUGGUCCCUAGCCUGGUUUGUCUGAGAAUUAAGUAGAAAUAUCAUUUAGAAGUGGUUGUACUCUAGGCGCUAGUUAGCAUGUAACAGCAUCUGAAUGAAUUAACUGGCCACUACUGUAUGGUGCAUUUAUACCUGACGAUCUCUUUCAAGUCAUUUAAAUACAAAAUUUAUAUCAUGGUUAAUAUUUGUAGAGUCUGUACAUGUGGUCCCUUGCUUGGUUUGUCUGAAAAUUAAGUGGAAAUAUCCUUUAGAAGUGUUUGUACUUUAGGCGCUAGUUAGCAUGUGCCAGGUGUCAUACCAUUGCAGUAAUCAUCUCACUAAACCAAUCUGUUCAACAGAGUUUGCCAGUCAGACCCGGUCAGACCACUACACCUUUGCCAGCACCACCACCCAGCAAGCUUCAUCAACUCCAGCCAUGCCGACCACAGACACACAGACCUCCAUCUCCAGUGCCCAGCGGUGUGUCCUUGAAGAGUGAUCAGUCCCUGCCUGAACCUCCUACAUUCAGCAGUGGACCAGUCCCAUCAGGAAUGAGACCACAGACACACAGACCUCCAUCUCCAGUGCCCAGCGGUGUGUCCUUGAAGAGUGAUCAGUCCAUGCCUGAACCUCCUACAUUCAGCAGUGGACCAGUCCCAUCAGGAAUGAGACCACAGACACACAGACCUCCAUCUCCAGUGCCCAGCGGUGUGUCCUUGAAGAGUGAUUGGUCCAUGCCUGAACCUCCUACAUUCAGCAGUGGACCAGUCCCAUCAGGAAUGAGACCACAGACACACAGACCUCCAUCUCCAGUGCCCAGCGGUGUGUCCUUGAAGAGUGAUCAGUCCAUGCCUGAACCUCCUACAUUCAGCAGUGGACCAGUCCCAUCAGGAAUGAGACCACAGACACACAGACCUCCAUCUCCAGUGCCCAGCGGUGUGUCCUUGAAGAGUGAUCAGUCCCUGCCUGAACCUCCUACAUUCAGCAGUGGACCAGUCCCAUCAGGAAUGAGACCACAGACACACAGACCUCCAUCUCCAGUGCCCAGCGGUGUGUCCUUGAAGAGUGAUCAGUCCCUGCCUGAACCUCCUACAUUCAGCAGUGGACCAGUCCCAUCAGGAAUGAGGUUAAGGGCUGAUCUGACCCAGGAUCAGUCCAGCUGUGGAGUAUGUGAGCAGGUCCUGAGGGACCCAGUCAUCACCACCUGUGGACACAGUUUCUGCAGGCAGUGCAUCAGCAGCUACUGGGAGCAGCCUGGACUACCAGGAGACCAAGCCUGUCCCCAGUGUGGAAAGACAUGCAGAACCCAACCUCCUCUACAGCCUCCUGUGGACAAACACAUGGAUAAGGGCACACAGGAUGAGAGCCUGAGGAGAGUUAUAAAGAAUCACAAAGCCAGUCUGAAGAGGAGGUUUGAGAACAUAUCUGAAGGCAUCAUCAAACCAGGAGCUGAGAUACUCCUCAAUAAGAUCUACACAGAGCUCUACAUAACAGAGGGAGAGACUGAAGGGGUGAAUAAGGAACAUGAGGUUUGGCAGGUAGAGUCAGCGUCCAGAUCUCAAUCCACAGUAGACACACCAAUCAACUGCAACGACAUCUUCAAGCCCUUACUUGGACAGGAGAAGCACAUCAAAACUGUAAUGACCAAGGGUGUUGCGGGAAUUGGAAAAACUGUCUCAGUUCAGAAGUUUAUUCUUGACUGGACAGAUGGGAUAGCCAAUCAGAAUAUAGAUUUUAUGUUUCCCCUUUCUUUCCGUGAGCUUAAUUUAGUCAGGGAUGAUCAGUAUAGUUUUCACAGGCUCCUGCUUGACUUUCACCCUGAGCUGAAGGAGCUGAAAGACAGUGAUGUAUAUAAAGACUGUCAGGUUGUGUUCAUCUUUGAUGGUUUGGAUGAGAGUCGGUUGACUCUGGACCUGGAACAGAACAGUAAGUUAUCUGAUGUGAAACAAACAUCAUCAGUGGAUGUUCUGAUGACGAGCCUCAUUCAGGGAACUCUUCUCCCCUCUGCACUCAUCUGGAUAACCUCAAGACCAGCUGCAGCCAGUCAGAUUCCUACUCAGUUCAUCGACCAGGUAACAGAAGUACGAGGAUUCAAUGACACACAGAAGGAAGAAUAUUUCAGGAAGAGAAUCAGUGAUGAGAGUAAGGCCAACAGAGUAAUCUCGCACAUUCAGGCAUCCAGGAGUCUCCAUAUUAUGUGCCACAUUCCAGUCUUCUGCUGGAUUGCAGCCACUGUACUUCAGCAGAUGCUGGAAAGAAAAAACAUCAAAGACAUUCCCAAAACACUGACUGAGAUGUUCAUACACUUCUUGCUCAUCCAGACCACAAGAAAGGAUCAGAAGUAUCAGAGUGGACCAGCAACAGAUAAAAAGAAACUUCUGGAAUCUCAGAGAAACAUUUUACUGAAGCUGGCAGAACUGGCUUUCAAGAAUCUAGAGAAUGGCAACCUCAUGUUUUAUGAGGAAGACCUGAGAGAGUGUGGCAUUGAGGUCAGUGAAGCCUCAGUGUACUCUGGCAUGUGCACUGAGAUCUUCAAGACAGAACCUGUGGAAUCUCAACAGAAGAAGGUCUACUGCUUUGUGCAUCUUAGUGUCCAGGAGUUUCUCGCAGCUGUGUUUGUGUUUCACUCAUAUUUGGAUAAGAACCACACGGCAUUGAAAACCCUCAUCAGUGAUGAGCGUAGAGAUGAACUCAAUCCAUCAAAGUUAUAUACCUUUCAGUCCGCACUAGGAUUGAAAUCUCAAGAUGACUUACAUGUUUUACUUAAGAGUGCAGUUGAUAAGGCUUUGGAGAGCCAGAAUGGACACCUGGAUCUCUUCCUUCGUUUCCUUAUGGGCAUUUCUGUGGAGAGAAAUCAUAAACUUCUGCGAGGUCUACUGAGCAACAAACACAACCGUUCUCAUAGUAUUAAGGAAACAUGUCAGUACAUAAAGAAGCUCAACAGAGAAGGUCUCUCUCCUGAACGAUGCAUCAAUCUUUUCCACUGCUUAUUUGAAAUGAAUGAUGAUUCCAUGCACAGAGAAAUUCAGACAUACUUGUCAUCACCAAAGAACAUCAAACAGAAGUUAUCUCCUGCCCACUGUUCAGCACUGGCCCACAUGCUUCUGAUGUCUGAGGAUGUGCUGGAUGAGAUUGACCUGAAGAAAUACAACACAUCUGAUGAGGGACGCAGGAGACUGAUCCCAGCUGUGAGGUGCUGCAGAAAGGCACAACUUGCUGAAUGCAAACUCUCAGAUAAGUCCUGUGGAAUUGUGGCUACUGUUCUACAGUCACCAAACUCCCUGAUAGAGCUGGACCUGAGUCACAAUGACCUGGGAGAUUAUGGAGUUCAGCUUAUCUCUAAGGGGCUGUCUAGUCCUAACUGCAAACUGCAGACCUUAAGGCUCAGUAAGUGUGGCAUCUCAGAUGAAGGUUAUGUUUGUCUGGCUCUGGCUCUGAUGUUAAACCCCUCCUGUGUAAAAGAACUGGAUGUGAACAACAAUCAUCCUGGAGAAUCAGCACAGAAACUGUUAUCUGCUACACUAGAUGAUCCUCACCACAAAGUUGAAGCACUUCAAUUUGCUGACUGUAAACUCACAGAUAAAUCCUGUGAGAUUGUUGCUUCAGUUCUACAAUCACCAAACUCACUGCUACAGCUGGACUUGAGUCACAAUGAUCUGGGGGAUUCUGGAGUUCAGCUUCUCUCUAAAGGACUGUCCAGUUUUAACAGCAACAUUCACACAUUAAGGCUCUCUGAUUGUCUCAUCUCAGAGAAGGGUUGUGGUUUUCUGGCUUCUGCUUUGACUUCAAACCCCUCCCAUCUACUAGAGCUGGAUCUGAGCUACAAUCAUCCUGGAGAAUCAGGACUGAAGCUGUUAUCUGCUAGACUGGAGGAUCCUGUCUGUAAACUGGAGAUACUUAAAACUGACCAUGCUUCUGUGAGCAGAGCACGACCACGUUUGCGGAGAUAUGCCUGUGAUCUCACACUGGACCCAAACACAGCACACAGAAAUCUCUCUCUCUCUGAGGGGAACAGAAAGGUGACACAUGUGAAUAAGCAGCAGCCGUAUCCUGAACACCCAGAGAGAUUUGACUUGUGGUCUCAGGUGUUGUGUAGAGAGGGUCUGACUGGCCGCUGCUACUGGGAGGCUGAGUGGAGUGGAGAUGAUGGAGCUGCUAUAUCUGUGGCCUAUAAAAGCAUCAAGAGGAAAGGGGACAGUGCUGACGUCAUAAUGGGACAGAAUGCCAAGUCCUGGAGUCUGAGCUGCAUUCCUCACAGUUACUCUGUAUGGCACAAUAAUGAAGAGACUGCCAUACCUGCCCCCUCCUCCGGCUCCAGUAGAGUAGGAGUGCACCUGGACUGGCCGGCCGGCACUCUGUCCUUCUACAGCGUCUCCUCUCACACACUCACCCACCUGCACACGUUCCACUCCACAUUCACUGAGCCCCUUUAUCCAGGGUUUUGGGUUUGGGACUCAGUGUCCCUUUGCCAGAUCACAUGAGCUCCUCCUCCAGCAGGUACAUCCACCUGUCACCCUUUCUCUCUACUUAGUCUCUACUCCCCUUCUCUUCUUGUGUUGUUGCCUUUUGUAACCAGUAGGUGGCAGUGUAGGGUAAGACAUAGUGCAGUUUUAAACAUACACAGGGUGCCUCUCAUUCAGCAUUUAUGUCCUCCCUCGCUCCUCGGGCCUCGAUCCUCACUGAUCUUCAUAAAGAAUGAUGGGCGGCAACAAUGGGACAGUCUAUCCAGUGUUAGUUAUAGAUCAGUGGGAACGCCCCUCGAGGAUAGAGCAUCGAGGAGGCAUGUUAAAAACCCCUGCCAACCCUGUGUUUGCCGGGUUUCUCAUGUAUUUUAUUUUUUCCCCACCGUCUUCCUGUUUUGAUGUUUUCCCGAAAAAAUAUCCUGUAUUUCCAUACUCCCCACUACUCCAUACUAGCCCUACCAGCUCAUCCACUGGUUGCGAUUUGGGACUAUACGUCGGUGCAAGCUCUGUAAUGCUUUAUCAACAAAAAAAUGCUGUCUCCAUGGCUCAGUUGAUGUGUUUUGUUUUCAUGCAGAAACAGAGCCUGGUGCUAAUUUAUAUAACUUAUUUUGUAUUUAUUUGUGCAAGUUUAUUGGAUUGCUUAUGUAUUUCUUCAUUUAUAUAUGUAUUUAUUGGUCCAAGUGUAAUCUUGUAGCGGUCAAUGUUGAUAUUGGCUUGGGCCAAUGCAUGGAAAUCACUUUUAUGUUGAAAAUCAAGGUCAAAAGUUACCAUAUAUGACUCUUGUUUUUUUUUUUUUUUCAAAAGUGUAUGAAUAUAAAAGAAAAACACAUCUAAACUUAAAGGUAGCGUACAUUUCUUUAGAAACAUUAAUCUUGAGGUAGGCUACUCACAAUGGCUUCACAAACAUCACAAAUGUAUCAAAAUCACAUCAAAUCCUUUGGAAACUGCUUGAAUAAUGCCUUGCUCAGCGUUGAAGCAUCGGGAGAUUUAGGGGGAAUGAGGUUGAUCGGACAGUGCAAGAAGUCGUGUUUGCGUAGACCUGUGUUUAUUUUCAUAUUUUAAAUUCAUUAGCAGGCACUUUUCUCCAAAACAACAUAGGCUAAAUCAUAUUUAACCAAGGGCCAAACGAAAACACACCAUCCCCUUCAGUAGCCUAUAGUCUAUUUUGAUAAUUUAUAUUUGUUUGGGGGAAACUGAUGGUGCUUAGCAGUUUCAUUGGGUUAUGACUUCUUGUUCAUGACAGAUUGACACUAAUUUGCAAAGACGGGAAGUUUCAGUGUCUGAGAGCAAAUCAGGUUUGGAUUUAACAUGAUUAUCUGUGCUGCCGCACUAUUGUACUUGUAGGCUACUUGCAGUUUACUUAUUUUAUGUUUUACUUAACCUAUUUUAUGUUUUAUUACCUUUUCAUUAUUUUACACCUGGACUUAUGGUUAGUUUUAAUGACCAUUAUGUUAUGACUGAGUGACUAUAUAUUUAUGUAUCUGUAUGAAGCACUUUGAAUUGCACCAAUGUAUGAAAUAAAGCCUACAAAAAUAAAUUGC